GAUGGGGACACCUGAGUCAUUGGCAGCUGCAGGGACACCAGGUCAGAGGACUACAAGAACCUGCUGUCCAGAGCCUCUUUAUCCACCCACAUGACAGCUGGAGCAAUGACCAGGAUCCUGGAACACUGGGUCAUGUACCCAGUAGACUCAGUGAAGACAUGAAUGCAGAGUUUGAAUCCAGAUCCCAAAGCCCAUUACACAAGGGUCUACGGAGCCCUCAAGAAAAUCGUAUGGACUGAAGGCUUCUGGAGACCUUUGCGAGGCUUCAAUGUGAUGAUAAUGGGUGAGGGGCUGGUGCACGCCAUGUAUUUUGCCUUCUAUGAAAACAUGAAAAGGACUUUAAAUGCUGCUUUCCACCAUCAAGGGAAUAGCCACCUAGCAAAUGGGAUAGCUGGGAGUAUGACCACCCUGCUCCAUGAUGCAGUAAUGAAUCCAGCAGAAGUGGUGAAACAGCACAUGAAGAUGUACCACUCGCUGCACUGGUCAGCCCUUAGCUGCAUCAGGACAGUUUGGGGGACUGAGGGCUUGGGGGCCUUCUACCAGAGUUACACCAUGAAGCUGACCAUGAACAUUCCCUUCCAGUCCAUCUGCUUCAUCACCUAUGAGUUCCUGCAGGAGCAGAUCAACCCUUACCAGGUCUACAACCCAAAGUCCCACAUCAUCUCAGGUAGGCUGGUUGGGGCCCUGGCUGCAGCUGCCACCACCACCCUGGACAUCUGCAAGACCCUCCUCAACCCUCCUCUCACUCAGGAGAACAUGGCCCUCAGUCUGGCCAAUAUUAGCGGUCAGCUGUUGGGCAUGGCUAAUGCCUUCCAGACAGUGUACCAGCUCAAUGGGCUGCCUGGCUACUUCAGAGGCAUACAGGCCCAGGUCAUCUACCAGAUGCCCUCCAUGGCCAUCUCCUGGUCCAUCUAUGGGUUCUUCAAGUACUUCCUUACCAAGCACAAGCUGGAGAAUCGAACUCUGUACUAA